CUAACAAUUAAGGCAAAAUAGUUGCAGCAUUUCUCUUAUGUAAGAUAGUCUCAUUAUCAAAUUUCAUCGCAUAUGUCGGCCGGUAAAUAUUAAAGGUAGGCAAAAUAAAGUUCAAAAACGACUAGUUUCCGUGAAAUUCAACGAAUCAAAUCUUUAAGCAGAUGACAACAACACUGUCCAAUUAUUUUGAGAAAACUGGCUCCAUUUUGAUGGCUUGAAACACAAGAAAAUUAAAACUACUUUCAAAUCUACGCGGGAGGAAUAGUAAGCAUGAUCCAAUUUCAACACAUCAUUAUUAAUUCGUGUUGACGUAUUUUUUCUUGUUUCUUACUACGGGAAUUUUUGUUUGCUUGCGCGGAUUUUGGUUACUACAAAUCUGUAGCUUUUUUUAUAUUACAUCAUAUUUUCUAAAAUUUUGUAUUUUCUUUAUGUCAAAAAAACAAUUAGCUCAUGACGUAAAUUCAUAUGAUAUUUUUAUCUAUUAUUGAUGAGAGAUAAAUACAAAGUUUUAUUUUGUUUUCAUAAACAUUUUGAUGAUUGGAUUAUAAAAAUAUUACUAUAUAUUUUAUUUUUGAAACCUAUAUAUUGCUUUUAGCCAUUAUUUAUCCUUCAAAAAUUUAUUUUCCUAAAACAUGCAGAAUUUUCUUCUAACGUUAGAUACAAGCUCUCUAUAAAAGGCUACGAAAAUAUUUCUUUUAGCAUCUACCCACAAAUUCCUUUAGCCUUCUUAUCACUCGGUUUAACAAAAAGAGACCAAAAAUGGGUCUAAGCAAUACUAUUGCCUUGCUUUUGAUCUCGAAUUUGAUGUUUGGGGUUUUGGGUAAUGCUCAGCUUACCUCUGAUUUUUACUCCACGACCUGCCCUAAUGUCACAGUCAUUGCUCGGGGCCUGUUGGAGCAAGCAAGCCGCAGCGACGUUAGACUCACUGCUCAAGUCAUGCGCCUUCACUUUCACGACUGUUUCGUGAACGGGUGCGAUGGUUCGGUACUAUUGGAUGCUGCUCUGGCGGAUGGAGUAGAGGGUGAAAAGGAAGCUUUCCAAAACGCUGGUUCUCUUGGCGGUUUCGAGGUGAUCGAUGAAAUCAAAACCGCUCUCGAGAAUGUUUGCCCUGGAGUUGUCUCUUGUGCCGAUAUCCUUGCUAUCACAGCUGAAAUAUCUGUCUCACUGGCGGGAGGACCGUCAUGGGACGUAUUGUUAGGAAGGAGAGAUGGUCGGACAGCAAACCGUGACGACGCCGUGGCUGCACUUCCACUAGGACCUGACUCUCUCGAUAUCCUUACCACUAAGUUCUCCGAACAUAAUCUCGACACUACCGAUCUGGUCGCUUUAUCUGGUGCUCAUACCUUCGGGAGGGUUCAGUGUGCAGCGAUAACCAAUCGUGUGAACAAUUUUGAUGGUAUCAACGGACAGUCGGACCCGAGUGUUGAACCGGCAUUCUUGCAAACGUUGCGACGACAAUGCCCGCGAGGCGGAAGUCCCACCGCCUUAGUAAAUCUUGAUCCUACGAGCCCUGACUCAUUUGAUAACGACUAUUUCAAGAACCUUCAAAACAACCGUGGAGUACUUGAAUCAGAUCAAAUCUUGUUUUCCUCAAGAGGAGCUCCCACUGUACCUUUGGUGAAUCGUUUCGCAGAGAACCAAAGUGAGUUCUUUAGAAUUUUUGCUAGAUCGAUGAUCAAGAUGGGAAACGUAAAGACUCUCACGGGUACUGAAGGUGAGAUUCGUAGAGACUGCAGACGGGUCAACUAAUUUUAUUUGUAUCAUUGCAUCUUGAAGUGACCAAAUAUUAUUUGUUGUUAUACAUGGAAUAAGUGGUAGCAAAUUUGUGCUUUUCCACAACUUUUUUUUCCGUUGGAUUUUGUUUUACUAGUCGAGAAAGACUUGGAUGAACCCAAGUUUUUCUCUUACUAUUCAGGCUAAGCAUGCCAUUGUUAUUAUUAUUUUUUAAAAUCAUAUAUGUACACAUAUGAGAAGAGCUUUACGCUCUUUCUAUUAGCCUACAUAUUGUCUUCUAUUUAGACCCUAUGUCCCUAUAUAAUAAUGUAGUUUUGGAAAAAUUGUGAAAUCGUAAUUCCUUAAAAUUAAUUCUCAAGGGUUUCAAAAAAAAGGAAAAAGUUUCCAAGGGUUAAAGAGGACCUCUAAUAGCAUUUUAACGCGGUAUACUAACGUGUUUCUUAAGGAGUGGAUUUCGCGCUUUUGAUAAAAACAGAUUUCAUAAGUCGCGAGAUAAAGAACGGUUUCGGUCCGUUUUUACACUAUUUUGCGGAUCCCACGAAGCGACCCGGUUCUGUUUUUUAUUUUAUUUAAUCAGAUAAAACAAAACAAAAAAAUUUUAGAAACCCAAAAAGGAUUUCACCCGAUAAUCAUGUUCUAAGUGGACCCAUACACAAAAAUGGAAAGACGGAAAUAAUAUUAAAAUACUUAUGACCAUGAGUUUUCUUGGAUUGAAGUCAUAUUGAAAAACCAGGAUUGAAGUCAUGUUGAAAAGGUCAAACCCUAAUGCAUUAACAGAAAGCAGAUCUUUCAACCAAAAGGUCCAAAACCAUCAGUAAAUCAUAUAACUUUUACCACAAUAACUGGUAGACCAGUUAAUUCGAAAUCCGGUGAAAAUGAUUUACGCCAUAUAAUUAAUUAAUAUUAGUAAAAGCAAACUUUGAACUCCAAAAAAAAAGUAGAGUCUAAAACUUAAACUCCUCCUAAUUAAUAAAAUAAUUUUUAACCAUAACAUACGAUCUUUGGUUUCAUAUUUCUGCGAAUCGAAUACCAAUUUUUAUAGCACUCACAAUUUUUAUUUCAAAAUCAGAUAAAUGACAAAUUUAGCAAAAAGUGUAAAUGGUUUUUAUAUGUAUACCAACUAUAUAAUUUCUAAACUACACUUUGUAAAGUUUUUGCAUUAUUGCAAAAUAAAAUAAAUGUAUUAUAGACAUUACUUCAUAUGUUAAUUAAUGAAUCACUCCUCUAACAUAUAUCUGAAACCACAUUUUUCCAUAAUUAUCAGCUAUUCUAUUUUGUAAAGCUAUAUCAUUUAUUCUGUCACACCAAUGAUGAUUCAACUAACAGCUUAUCCUCCACUAGACCGAUUCAAACGAAAGAAUAAUUCGUUUUAUGAGGCAUGAGCCCGCAUGACCGAUUCAAUCAAAUUUUUUUCUUCUAAUAUUCCUGUUAGCUUCUAAAGACUUUUUCUUUAACUCACUAGGUCAAAACACGGAUUUAAAUUCGUCCACCAUUGCGAUAUAUACCCACUUUACUUCAAGUCAAUUGUUUUCUUUCGUCGUGUCGUUAUACCAAGUUUUUAGUCCGUUUUAGCCACCUGAAGUUAUUUUUCUACGACGUACAAUGAUAUGGCAUUUUUAUCCAUUACUCAUAAGAGAUGAGUAAAUAUUUUCUUUAACGAAAGUUUUAAUUGAUGUGGAAAAAAAAAACGAAUGCUUGAAAAUAAUACAUUUUUUAUUGCUUAAAGUUUAUAAAAUUUACAAGCAAUAGGUUUUAUGCAUGAUUCAUUUUCAUUUUUAUAUUUUAAAGAAAUUAUAGAUCAAACAUACUGUGGCUUUCGCUUCUGCAAUCGGUUCCUAUUUCUCUUAAGUUGUGUUGCGUGAUAAGCCUAACGGGAGUGUAUUAGAAAUGAGACCCCCAAAUAGCCUAAGCACAAUUACGAAAACCCAUAAAAAUGAUAAACGUAAAACACACACGUAGUGUUGUAAGCUUAUACUUGCAAGUUACUUGAGAUCGACUUUAUAAAAAUAUUCAAAUCCAAUCGUGUCUUCUCACUUGCCUUACACAUACAAUGUCUAGACUGUACACAAAGCAUCAUAAUUCUUGAAGUAAAAUCAAGAUCUUUGCUCAUUCAACUGUUAUUAUACUCAUC